AUUAUGGCAGUGGUUUGAGAGUAAGCAAAAAUCAGGGAUAUGAGUCGAGUACUGUAGCUUGUUCACCUCUGUCGAAUUUCGUGUUGGACUGUCCAUUUUGGGAUUCUGUUUCUCUCACUCUUUGGCCCCGGAGUAUAAUCUUUGCGAUCUUUCGUUACAUAACUAAAGCUGCUUUUUGUCAAAACUAAGAUUGUUUCUGGAGGAGUAUUUCAUUGCAAAAGAAUAAAGGACAUGGUGUAUAAUUAUAAUGUGAAAAGAAAAUGGUGUAUAAGGAUAAUCUGAAGCAUACCAGUUGUCCUCCCAUGGUUUGUCUUGCUUGCAUUUGUUUUUUUUUAUGAGCCUUAUUAUAGUGCAAGUUCAGUGAUAUAGUGCAUGAGGCUGACGUGGAAGUGAAGCUUGGCACCCAGGUCAUACAGAAGAAAGAUAGUUUCAAGAAUCUUGGGUCUAUUAUACAAGGAAAUGGGGAGAUUGAUGAUGACGUCACACACUGUAUUGGUGCAGGGUGAAUGAAAUGGAGGCUUGCCUCCGGAGUUUUGUGUGACAAGAAGGUGCCACCAAAACUUAAAGGCAAGUUCUACAAAGUGGUGGUUAGACUAACUAUGUUGUAUGGGGCAGAGUGUUGGCUAGUCAAGAAAUCUCAUGUUCAGAAGAUGAAAGUGGCGGAAAUGAGAAUGCUGCGAUGGAUGUGUGGGCACACUAGGAGCGAUAGGAUUAGAAAUGAAGUCAUCCGAGACAAGGUUGGAGCAGCCUCAGUGGAAGACAAGAUGCGGGAAGCGAGGCUGAGGUGGUUUGGCCAUGUGAUGCGGAGAGAUACAAAUGCCCCAGUGCGGAGGUGCGAGAGGCUGGCUAGCGACGGUUUUAGAAGAGGUAGAGGUAGGUCGAAGAAGUAUUGGGGAGAGGUGAUUAGAUAGGACAUGGCGCAUGUCCUGCUUACCGAGGACAUGACCUUAGAUAUGAGGGUAUGGAGGACUCAUAUUAGGGUAAAAGGCUAGUAAGUAGUCGCGUUUAUCCUUUCUUAUGAGUAGUUAUAUUGCUCUAUAAUUUCUUGUCUCUUGAUUUCUGCGAGUAUCUGUUGGUUUAUAAUGGCUUAUUUACUUUCAUUGUUUUCAUUUUCAUAAUUGCUUUGAUUUGUUUGCCCGUAUCUGACCUUUCUAUGCUUUUUCUUGAGCCGAGGGUCUUCCGGAAACAGCCUCCCUACCCAAGGUAGGGGUAAGGUCUGCGUACACUCUACCCUCCCCAGACCCAACGUUGUGAGAUUCACUGGGGUUGGUUUUCUUCACAAUACGGUGGUGGGAUCCUGAGUUUUUUGGAGCUAUGCAUCCAGAAGGGACUCCAAAAAGAGCGUCAUGGCCUUAUGUAGAAAACCGAUCCUACCUUUGGGAAUGGCUGUUUUUUGUUCCAUUAGCUGCUUACUUUCUCUGGCAAGUACUCUAUUAUCUCAUUGUAGAGGUUCUACGGCGACAGAGACUCUUACGAGACCCUGAAGUUAUGACUUCUUACAGGGAGCUGUCCAAGAAAGCGAAAAAAGCAAACAACAUAUGGUGGCGUUUAAGCGGUUUGCUUGGUGACCAGAACCGGUUGCUUAUGUUUAUUCUGCUCCAGGCUAUAUUUACAGUGGCAACUACAGCACUUACAGUGCCCAUAUUUCUGUCAUAUAAGUUGCAUCUGUUAUACCAAAUACUCAAGGUCUCAGCAUCAGUAUGGAAUGGUGGAAAUUUUCUAUUAGAAGUAAUGCCAAGACAGGUGAUUCUCAAGGAGAAAAAGAAAUCAGUGAUGCAAACUGUUCCACAACAGCAACAUGAGACUCCUUUGAAAGACAGCUCUAUGGAAACUGGUAAUGCUUACUAAACACCUUAUGUAACUGUCUCUCAGUUGGAGGCUUCAUAAUUGGCUCAGUUUUAGUUGUUAACGUUUGUGUCUGGUUUACAAAUGAAUGGAGAAGUUCAGUAUGUAACUCCUUAUAAGUUUGUGAAUUUGGUGGAAGAAUAUGAGCCAGCAUGUUCCUGUGGUGUGUACUAAAAUUGAAUGGGUCUCAUGUGGUGUGAAUUAGAAUUGAAUGGUUUCAUGUUGUUAGGCGGCAAAGGUGAAUUUAGGGCGAACUUUGUAGGUUCAACUAAAAUUAAUGUUCAAAUUUUUAAUAACUAGUUUCUGGAAAUGUGCGAUUCUUGUUGAUCAGUACAAUUAAAAAAAAAAAAAAAACAGUAUAAUUAUAAAUUAUAUUAAACUAUGUGUGAUAAAAUGAACCUUUUGACGAUUAUUAUUUGAUCAAUCUCCAACUUUCCCCACCAACAAUGGCUUCUGAUUACUACAUAUUUAC